ACCAAAACUUAUCGACCGGGGACUCUUUGCUCUAUCCGUAGUUGUAACCUACUAAUACACACACACAGCCACUUUCAACAUCCAGUAAUAGUACUAGUAUUUUCUAGAGAUAUGAUGAUUGUUAUUCAGCAGCGUUCCCUUCCAUUGUUUCUUCUUUUUAAUAAUCUCUCUAAAUUAUCUUCAUCAUCCUCUUCAUUAUCUUCUUUUCGUACUUGUUCCCUCCGAUUCCACCACCGUGCUCGAUUCAGGACUUUCGCCUCCGCCGCCGCCGCCAAUGAAAACAAGGAGACUUUCUAUUCCGACGAAGCGGUAUCCUGGAGCUCCUUAGGAAUUGCUCAUACUUUAUCUCAGUCUCUUUCCGCCAUUAGCCUCAAUCGCCCUUCUCUCAUUCAGGCUGCUUCAAUCCCUGCUAUACUUAAUGAAAAGAUUAGUGAUGUUAUUGUUGCUGCCGAAACCGGUAGUGGCAAGACACAUGCUUAUCUUGUUCCUUUGUUUCACAAGCACCUCUUAUCACAUCGUCAUGGUGACGAUGAUCCUCCUCCUCUGCCUAUCAUGUCUCUUGUUCUUUGCCCUAAUGUUAUGCUAUGUCAGCAAGUUGUUCGUAUGGCUAAUUCUAUAUGUGACGAUAAGGGAGAACCCCUUCUUCGAGCUGCUGCCGUCUGUGGAAGUCAGGGCUGGCCGCUUGAGAAACCAAAAAUAUUAGUCUCAACUCCUGCAGCUCUUUUGAACUACCUUCAUGCUAUCGAUCCUGAAAGGCGUCGUCGUGCUGAGUUUGUUCGCCAUGUUAAACAUGUGGUUUUCGAUGAAGCAGACAUGCUUCUAUGUGGGAGUUUCCAAAAUCAAGUUAUUCGCCUUAUAAACAUGUUUCGUUUUGAUGAAAAAGUGCUGUCAAGGGCCAAAAAUGCUCCAAUUGACAAGACACUGGAUGUGGAGUCUGAAUCCAUUAUGCAGUUCGACUUAGAGGACAGUCAAGACAUCCAAGGUAACCUCAUGCCUGAGGAUGUUGAACACAGUGAGGAUGGCAAUGAUGAUGGGCAUUCUUUUCAAGAAACUGAAUCAGUUACUACAAAGAAGAGAGACUGGAGAAGGACCAGGGAGAUAUACGAACGCAGCAAGCAGUACAUCUUUGUCGCAGCCACACUUCCUGAAAAUGGAAAGAGAACUGCUGGUGGUGAACUCAAACGGUUGUUUCCGGAUGCUACAUGGGUUAGUGGGCUUUAUCUCCAUCGUCAUAAUCCAAGAUUAGAGCAGAAAUGGAUUGAAGUCACGGUUGACUCGCAAGUGGAUGUACUUAUAGAUGCUGUCAAUCACACAAAUAUGUUAACAUCUGAUAAUGGGUUGAGGCGAACAAUGGUUUUCGCAAACACAGUUGAGGCUGUUGCAGCUAUCGCCCAAGUCCUACACGGAGCAGGUAUUGAGUGUUAUUGUUAUCAUAGUGAGAGCUCUUUAGAAGAACGCACAAGAAAUUUGGUUGAUUUUCAACAAAAAGGAGGGAUCUUUGUAUGCACUGAUGCUGCUGCUCGUGGCACUGACAUUCCCAACGUUUCACAUGUUAUACAGGCAGAAUUUGCUACAUCUGCUGUAGAUUUCUUACACAGGGUGGGUCGUACUGCCAGAGCCGGUCAGCCGGGCCUUGUUACAAGUAUGUACAAUGAGUCGAACCGUGAUCUUGUUGCUGCAGUUCGUCUAGCUGGAAAUCUGUGCGAGCCUGUGGAAAAGGCGUUUAGCAGGAAGAGAAGCUUCAGGAAGAAACUGAAAAAAAGAGGUAGGGCAGGAACCAACAAUUUACGUGAUCAGGAGCGAAUAGCAGCUUAAAAACCAAGGGUCAAAACUCCGGAGCUCAUCAUGUAAAAACUAGCUGAUAUCGUCCAUCACUCAACUUUUUGACAUAUGAAGUUUGUCGGUUAACAGAUUAUAGAUCUAUGAUGGACAAAAAUGCAAACUUUGGAUUUUAACCAUACAUCCUGGUACGCUGCUAGAAAACCAUCUCAUUUAUGUGUAAAUGUGAGUAGAGAGCAUGAGUCAUCUUAUAUUAUUCACGUCCACAUCUUUUUGUGUAAUAGGUAACCGAGAUAGAAAAUGACUUGAGUUGCAUGAGCUAUUAGUAUAAGUGUUCAAUGAAUUACGUGUUUAAUAA